UAUCACUCAAACUCACUUUCAUUACCCAACUACCUCAUGUGAAUUGGCAAUCUUUACAGGAUUAUUUUGUAUUUAUUGCAUUGUUGCACCGCUACGUCUACGGUUAUGAACCAGUAUACAACAAUCAUAGGUUAAUUGUGUUGCUGUACAAUGGGAGGAUUAAGAACCGCAUUUGGUCAAAUAUCUUAUUGGGUUGUUUGCCCGCGCUUACGACGGUUUACGGGCGAAGUUCAACAGACGUUCAAUUGGGGAUAUGUAAAUAGAGAUCAGCUGGAGAAGCCGAGCCGCAACGAGCCGGGUAUUUUGUGUGCUUGUGGCCGAGCUAGGCUAAGUGACUGAAGUGCGUAAGUGAGGGUAUGUUACAUGGAUGAUGCUCUAUUAUUGGAAACAACAUGUAACUGUGACGAGUGAGCGAUCGAGCCUUGUUCUUAUACUUUCGACAGUCCUACAGCCACUGCUAUUGGCGUUUUCUGUACACGUAGAUAUGCGAUAGAUUGAAAACUAAUCAAGAAUGUUUUGUAACAGAAGACUGAAAGGAUGUGUAGAAAAACUAAUUUCUCACAAAGAGCAACUCCAUGCACAAAAUUGGGUAUAUUUAAAUAGGCAGUGGAAAAGUUCUGUUGCUGGCGAGGACUACCAAUAUCUGCAAAGAAGCAAAGUACCCACAUUUCAUUUCCAGCCUUCACUGCCCAGACUUCCUAUUCCAGCUCUUGAGAAGACAUGUGAACGAUACCUAGCUGCUCAGCAAGCUUUGCUUCCUGAAUCUUCAUUUGAAAAGACAAAGAAAAUUGUUACAGAAUUUGAAAAAAAUGAAGGGAAAAAACUUCAUGAGAAGCUGAUAAAUAAGGACAAGCAAAAUAAACACACAAGCUACAUAACAAAACCAUGGUUUGACAUGUAUUUGAGAGACCGUAUACCUCUUCCAAUAAAUUAUAAUCCUUCUAUAGCCUUUGUGAACAAUCCUGAGAAACAUUACAAUGAUCAAGUUCUGAGAGCCAGCAACAUGUUAAUAUCUUCUUUACGAUUUAUGAAAUCACUUAGAGCUGAAAUUCUAGAUCCAGAAGUAUAUCAUUUGAACCCUAAAAAAAGUGAUACAGAAUUGUUUAAAACUAUUACACGUUUAUUGCCAUCAUCUGUAUCAUGGUAUGGAGCCUAUCUUUUUAAGGCAUUUCCAUUAGAUAUGUCACAAUACAACAGUCUCUUCAAUGCCUCAAGAAUUCCAGAAAUUGGGAAAGAUAGAUUGUAUCAAGAUGUAAAUGCAAAACAUGUUUUAGUGAUGAGAAAUGGUCAUUUUUAUAUUUUUGAUGUCAUUGAUAAGAAUGGAAAUAUUGUUCCACCAACUGAUAUCCUUGCCUGCAUGAAGUACAUUGCAGCAGAUACUACACCACCAGCUCAACAUCCAGUUGGAGUUCUAACUACAAGUAAUAGAGAUGUAUGGGCAAAAAAUCGUAAAAAAUUGGAAGCUAUUGGAAAUUCAGAUGUUUUGAAAGCAAUUGACAGCAGUGUUUUUAAUAUAUCACUUGAUGGUGUUGCCAUUAAUGAAGACAGAGACUUACUGGUACAUCAUAUUCUUCAUGCUGAUGGCCAUAAUAGAUGGUUUGAUAAAUCGUUUUCUUUGUUAUUUACCCAAGAUGGUUAUGCAGCUGUAAACUUUGAGCAUUCGUGGGGUGAUGGUGUUGCUGUAUUACGUUAUUUCAAUGACAUUUUUAAUGACAGCUCAAAGAAUCCUCGUCUUCAUCCUGAUUCACAGCCAUCAAAUAUUGAUCCAAGCAAAUGUGUUAGAAGACUGGAUUUCAAGUUGGACAGUGAAGCCGAGAAUAUUAUUAAAGAAGCAAAUGCAGAGUAUGAAAAGUUUUACAAAUCAUUAAAUGUUGAUAUCAUGGAAUUCCUUACAUUUGGCAGAAAUCUUUGUAAAAAACACAAAAUCAGCCCAGACAGUGUUAUGCAGUUGGGAUUUCAGCUAGCAUAUUACAAACAGAAUGGUUCAUAUGCUGCUACAUAUGAAUCGUGCAGUACUGCAGCUUUUAAGCAUGGAAGGACUGAAACUAUUCGGCCAUGCACUUUAGCAACAAAGGCAUUUUGUGAAGCUGUGACUCGCCGAAACAAGCCCAGUAAUGCAGAAAUGCGUGAAUUAAUUAACAAUUGUUCCAAAGUUCAUGGAGAGUUGACAAAAGAAGCAGCAAUGGGUCAGGGUUUUGAUCGACAUUUAUUUGGACUGCGUCUUAUGGCCCAGGAAGAAGGAAUGAAGCCUCAGAUAUUUGAGGAUCCUGCAUAUGCAACUAUUAACCACAAUGUGUUGUCAACAUCAACAUUAUUCUCCAAUGCAGUUUAUGCUGGUGCUUUUGGACCAGUUGUGAAAGAUGGCUAUGGAGUAGGUUACAGCAUAUUUGAUGAACGACUGGGAGCAAUAGUGACUACAUACCCACCAAAUCGCAAUGGUGCUGAUUUUGGCAAGUGUCUUAGAUCUGCAUUUGAAGAUAUUCAUGGAGUCCUUGAAGGAUCUAAAUCAUGAUUAAUGAAUUACUGCUGAAAUAGUGUUUCUCACAGGAACACAGAAGUGAUCUUGUUUAAAUGAAAGGAAUUGAGAUAAGAAAAUAUGUGAACUUUACAAGUUGAUAAGUUCAUUCAAAUAAUAAUAAUGACAAAACAUCCCAAAUAUAUAAAUGGUUGUGGACAUUUGGAGGUUCUCAAACUCAAGCUCCUGCAGUAUUGGUUGAAUGCAAAUUCAAUCUAAUUAUAGUGUAUUAUAUUUUGUAUAUGAUAAAUUGUAAAAACAUUGUUUUGUGUUAAGAAUGUAACUGAAUAUUAAUAUAUCAUAAAAUUUACCUUGUUUUAUUGUAAGAUUUGAAAUUUUCUGUAAUCUUGUUUUCAUUCCUUUCCAGUGGAAGGUUAACUGUACAUUAUAAAUUAACUUAACAUUAAUUUAUUUUAUUUUAUCCACUUUCCUUUAUAUGCUGUUUACUUACAUGUUUGGAGUGCAUUCAAUAGCUCAUUAUUGUAUCCAAUAUGAUAAAGCUCCCUGCGGUAAAUACAGUGUCUCGUUAUUGUAUCCAGUGUAAUAAGGGGCCCUGCCAAAGCCAAUAUAAUACAAUUAAUCAUGUGGCAUACGGUUACAAAUAUGUCAAAAAGAUAAAAAGGUGAUCAGAUAAAAUGAAACUGGGUCUUACAUAUCUCUAAAAGACCAUCAUGUGCUUGUUAGUAAUUAUUCACUUAUGCUCAUAACAAAUCACCUAACUUGCACAUAAUGGUCUCUUAGCAAUUUGUAAGAUAUAUAUAAAUGUAUGCUGUGUUCUUGAAGUACCACCCACAUCUUCUUUGACUUUUACUUUAUUAUUUAGGAUUGAUAAGCAACAAUGAUCAAUUACUAAAUUAUGUUAUAAUGUCUAAUAGAAAAUGUUAUAUAAUGAUAAUAAUAAUGUUGAAUAUUUUGUAUGAAAAUAAGUUUAUCAAUGUUUCCUAAAAUGCUAGUUAAAAAGGAAGUUAAAAGCAUUUCAAAUUAAAUUAUAUUUUUUCCUAAAUAUAUGUAGUUUCCUUUAGUAAUUUUUUCAGAUCUGUUAUUUAUCAUUUCUAUUGAUUCAAGAUUGAACUCUGUUUGAAAAACCAUCACUUUGAGAGUGGUACUUGUGCUUGUUCAGCAGAAGCAUAACUAUGUUCUCGAGGGCCUCUGUGCAGAAAGCCCAAAUGGAGUCCCUUGUUGCCAUUGGUGUCUUUAUAGGUGAGUCAGCAGGUGUACACACUCGGGGCACUUAACUUUGGGGGCUCUAGUACUGUGCACUGGUUCCAUUUGCCUAGCUGUACCCGUGCACAGGUCCCAUUUUAAGCAAAUAUUCUGUAUGUUUUAAAAUUGCAAAUAAAAAAUUAACAUCACAAAACUAAAACAUUGAUGAAGGAUACCUUUUUCCAUAAUGAAAUCUAUGCUGUAAGAGUAGUUCUUGAAAUAAUGUAAAUUAAAAUCUCUGAAUUUAAAAAAAUUACAAAUGCAAAUGUCGACAUGUUUUUAAAGUAUCAGUGAGGUUGAGUUCGGUUGUGAGGCUGGUGGUGUAGGGAUAAUAUAAAUGGCGUAUUAGCUCAAAGAAUCAGAG